AUGCUCGAUAGUGGUGUGUUUGAAAUCCUGAAGGACUUCUUCUUGAUGCUACAUCUCCUGGAAGAGCGUAGUCAGGUGAUCCAUGAGUUGGGGGCAGCCGUGCUUGUAGACCUCAGCAGGGAUCGCGUCCGAUCCGGGUGCUUUCCCGCUGGAGAGCUUCUACGCCAGUGGGUGGUAGGCCGGGGUCAACGUUGGUCUCAACUUGCGGCAAACGGGCGAUGACGGGGUCCGAGAUGAUGGAGAGCGUUCGAAGACGCCUCGGAGGUGCUCGACCUAAAGCUGUAGUAUUUGUGUCUUCUCAGUGAGGCGGAUAUUUUCGUCGGCGUUAUUAGCAGAGCGAAGGGCGCACAAGCAGAUACAGGGCAGGCUGUAUGAGCAGCACACAGCAUGUGACAUUAGCAGGCAAGUAAGGCAUGAAACAACGCAAAGUUCACUUACCUGAGGAAUCACUUACCAACACAAUUUGGGCCUUCUCUUCCUCAACAAAAUAAACGAAAACAUGAGAUUCCGGGCGUAAAUAAUUGUCCUCUGUGACCAGAGUCGGAGAUGAAGCCUGAAUUAUGACAAAUGGCCAUAAGGCGGUCACACUAACAUAACCUUUAGUAGCGGCAAUCUCAACGGUAGCAUUGGCGGAAUGAAGCGCAGAGGACAUCAAAAGUGCUUGUGUAUUCUUUUCCAUGAACUUGAGUUAUAGGUGUCGUUGAGUUGAUUAGGUUUGCACAUUCUGGCUACACUUUUCCGUGUUUGUAAAUUGAUGGUCGCGACGUCAGGGAUUUCAACUGAUCACGCGGUCUUAACGAGUUGCAGUAGCGGCAAACUGGGGAUAGCAAAUCAUGUAUGAGCCUCCUUUUGCCAUGGGUCUAAUAGUCUGCACCCUCCAACGUCUCCGGUCUUCUUGACUCUGAAUGCACUGGCGAAACCUAUGAGCAAAUCAAGGAAACUUCAAUGGGCUCACCGGUCUCUAGUUAAGUGGCAGAAGUCGUCCUAAAAGAGCUAGAAAAGGUUGACUUCAUUCAACAUGAACCAGUCUUUUGGCGCCAUUUCUUGGAUGACACUUUUGAUGUCGUAAAGGAGGACAUACUACAACAUUUCCACAACCUUCUCAACGCAGUCUUCGCUGAUAUAAAUUUCACGAUGGAAGAAGCGCAGGAACAGCAAUUGCCCUUCCUGGAUGUGAUCGUCAAAAAGAAACCUUAACAGUGAACUUGGAACGAUGAAUUAUAGGAAGGCAACGAAAAUCACAUAGCUUCUCAGUUUUCACAGCAAUCAUCUGGUGACUCACAAACGAAGCUGUGCGAAGAUGCUCUUCAUAAGGAUCCAAACUCAUUCCAACAAACCGGAAGAAAAAGCACGUAAGGCUCGUUAUCUCCGCGACGAGUUUGCGCAAAAUUGCUAUCCGAAGGCUUCUUUAAGUCACUGCCUACGCGGUCGCCCCCAGAGGACCCGAACAUUAACGUCACCAACGAUAUGGCAUUCUUUGCCAUACAUCAAGGACGUUUCAGAUGUAACCGAACGCAUAGCUGCGGAGCUAGGUUUUGGAAUUGUACACCCCCCUAAAAGCCACCAUGUGCAGUAACUUCAUGAAAAUAAAAGACUGGUUAAACUCAGUGUAUCGCACACAGUGCCAAAAAUGUCCUUGUUACUACACAGGCCAGACUGGACGCGUGCUCGGAUUGCACACACACGAACAUAAGUUGCCUAUGCGACGAGGUGACGCAUUAUCACAAGUGGCCACCCACGCCUACGAUACGGGUCAUGAUUUUGACCUCGUAGCUACCAAAAUAUUCACCCUCGCGAAAACAAAACAGGCCGAGAAUUGAUUGAAGCAUGUGCCCCGGAUGAGAACUCAGUCAAUCGAUUUAUCGAUCUGGCAUACAGAGUCCUGCGCAGUCACCUCCAGUAACGUGCCGAGGGUCGAUGAUUGACUUACACACCCCAUUACGAGUUGUAGUAGCGGCAAACUGGUGAUAGCAACUGUGUUUCUGUGUUUGUGUCCUGCGGUGGGUUCGCGUGAUGGACGCUUGCAGGUGAGACUACGCCUAGCGUCCACUUGCAGGCACCCAACUCUCACCUGUAGCUCCACGUAGCUGGGCUCUGCUCAGCGGCCACACCCCGGGCAAAUGCCUGAAGUGGCGGGCUUAACCAGGUUAGGGCGCUGUGCGCGUUGUGCCGCGUGCACAGUGUACUGCGGAAUCCUCUGGAUGUUUGGAAGGAUGAAACACUGCGCCGGCAUCGUCGAGACGAGGCUAUGUCUGGUACGCCGUUGGACAGCUGCUGCCGGGAUGGGUCUCUGCAACACCCUCGCUAAGACGCGCCUACCGAGACCGUGGACAUACGGCAAAUGCGGUCGUUCUCCACUACGAACAACAAGUCGUGGCCCCAUAGUUGGGUUCGGUCGCGCCAAAUAGGCACAUUGGCAGCCCUAUUCAGGGGUGGCACUGCCUGUCCCCACAAGCGGAAGGGCCUAGAAAAGGUGUUCUAUACAUUGCCGGGCACCACACCGUCUGCAGGCUAGCCAGGGCCGCAGAUACCAUCAACAUGGACAAAACAAGCAAAACCGAAACAAGAACAAUAGCAAUAACAACAACAACAACAUCAACAACAACAACAACAACCAUACUCAUUCUCCUCAUCCUACCUCUUCUUCCUCUUCCUCUGUCUAUUCUUCUGCCUAUUCUUCUCCUUAGUCAUCUUCCUCUCCACCUCCUUCCCGUCGUCCCACUCGUUGUCACCAGACUGGCAGGGUGAGUCCGCUCACUUUGGCAGAAUGGAAUGUUCGUUCCCUUCUAGACAAUCCAAGGAGCACCCGACCGGAACGGACAGCGCUAGUGCCUCGGGAACUGGCGCACUACAAAGUAGACAUCGCCGAACUCAGAGAAACUCGAUUCUACGAACAGGGCCAACUGGAAAAGGUGGGUGCCGGCUACACCUUCUUCUGGAGCGGUCGCCGCAGGCCAGAGCGACGAGACGCGGGUGUCACCUUCGCCAUCUUGAACGACAUCGUGGGACGACUGGCCAGCCUACCACAGGGAAUCAACGAUCAUCUGAUGAACCUCCGACUCCCUCUCUUGGGCUACAAAUUCGCCACCAUCAUCGGCGCCUAUGCUCCGCCGAUGAGCAGCCCCGAGGCCGCAAACGACAAAUUCUACAAGGAGCUGCACGUCCUCUCGGCGACUGUGUCGAAGGCGGACAAGUUGAUUGUUCUUUGGUGA